AUGUGUCUAUCAAUGAUUGGACAAAUAUUCUGUCAAGGAAUCGGAAGUCGUGGACAGUUGGGCCUAGGAGACCUCGAAGAUCGUACCCAAUUCACAUUCUUGGAAGCCCUUGGUCCUGUCACUGUAAUACGCAUUUCCGCCGGGAAGUGGCACGCAGCUUGUGUCACUGAUACCGGUGAUCUGUACACAUGGGGAUGGAAUGAGUAUGGUCAACUUGGCCACCUUUCACUAAAGUUACAUAAAAAACACGACAUGGAUUUGACUGACUGUAUGUCCGUGGUAUGCGUUCCCAAAGCCGUGGAUCUUCCGCAUGAAGAAGGUGUCAUGGAAAAUAAAAUGAAUUCAGUCCUACCACUGUUGAACACAGGUAGCAAGUUCACCAUUGGCCUAUGUGUUCUAAAUCAAUGGGCUUUGGAUUUCACGGGAAAUACCAAAAGAAUCAUACGGAGUAUUGAAAUGGCUAAGAGAGCCGGAGCCCGUUAUCGUCUUGGACCGGAGUUAGAACUGUCGGGCUACGGUUGCGCUGACCAUUUUCAUGAACUGGACACCUUUGAUCACUCCUGGCAAUGCCUUGCCAAAAUUCUGAAGCAAACUAUUUUCACUGAAGAUAUGCGUGAUAUCGUGUGUGACAUAGGGAUGCCUGUGUUAUUUUCCGGUGUCGCUUAUAACUGUCGUGUCAUUUUGUUGAAUGGUCGCAUCCUUCUCAUUCGACCUAAACUAGUCCUGGCUGAUGGUGGUCUUCAUCGUGAAACUCGUUGGUUUACCGCCUGGCCUCAUCAAAUGCGCAUAGUGGACUAUCCUUUGCCAGCAGUCGUACGUCAUUCCUCUCUAAAUGCGGCUCAAGCAUCCGCACCGUUCGGAGAUGCUCUUCUCUACUUUACUGGGGACGAGGCAUUGGGGGACGUAACAAUUGGACUGGAGACGUGUGAAGAGCUCUGGAUUGGUUGUCCACCCCAUUUGCAGAUGUACGCUUGUGGUGCAGACGUGGUGCUCAAUGCCAGUGCCAGUCAUCACGAGCUGCGCAAACUGAGUCGACGGAUCAACUUGGUGGAAAUGGCUAGUCGAUCUAAUGGGGGCGGUCUGUACGCCUACACGAAUUUGCGCGGUUGUGACGCCGAACGUGUGUGCUAUGAUGGUGGAGCGAUGGCGGCUGUAUCUGGCCAGUUGGUCUUUCUAGGGAAGCAAUUCGGCUUGGAAGAAGUCGAGGUGAAUGUGAUCACAACAGAACUGGAUGCAAUUCGCUCAAAACGGAUCACAAACAAAAGUUUCGGUCGUGCUGCAGCAGCAGCCACAGCUUUACGUCGCUCAGACGGAGACAAUACAGCCGGAUAUCCAAUUAUCCGUGUAGAAUUUUCCCUUUGUCAUAAAUUAGAGGGCUUUGUGCCACACGUACCAUCCAAUGCCGUGGCUAUUACGUCCAAACCGGAGGAGGAGAUUGCUCAAGGUCCGGCAUUGUGGCUUUGGGACAUACUGCGCAGGAGUAAAUCUGCCGGCUUUUUCCUCUGUCUCAGUGGUGGCUUGGACAGUGCCGCAGUUGCCUGUCUUGUUCUGAGUCUGUGUAAUCAGGUCUACCGUGCAAUUCAGUCAUCAAAUUCAGAUGUGAUCCAGGCAGUGAGCCAAAUCCUCGACUGUCCGGAAUCCGCUGUUCGCGAUCUGACCCCAAGAACUUUGUGCUCUCUUAUUUUCUUCACUUGUUACAUGCCUUCUGAGAACAGCUCAGAAGAAACUCGUUCUCGGGCUGAGAGGCUAGCGAAGGCGAUCGGUUCGCAUCAUUUGAUGGUGAGACUGUUUUGCUCGUACAUCUGUUUUGUCGAUAACUUUUCAGAAUGUUCCAACCGCCAAAAGCAAUUAUUCACUAGUUUUCUUGGAUACUUAAACUAG